AGUUCAUCUGUUGAGGAGUACACAAAUCCAGAAGGAAGUCUACUCCUCCAUUACCAAUUAUAAUCCAGAUUAUUGAACUCAAAGUUGAUUACUACAAAUCAACGCAAAUGGCUACGAAUUACUGGCAAGUUGUGGUAUUAGCAAUUGUGUUUCUGUCGACGGUAUCAGCAGCUCGAGUGGCGCCAUUUUCGAUUAUACAGAAACCAGAUGGUGCUGUGAAUGUUUUUGAUAAUUCUAAGUACGGAUUGCUUCAGAUCAGUAAUGGAUUGGCGCUGACUCCUCAAAUGGGAUGGAAUAGCUGGAAUUUCUUUGCAUGCAACAUAAACGAAACUCUUAUUAAGGAAACAGCUGAUGCACUUAUCUCGACUGGUUUGGCUGAUUUGGGCUAUACUUACGUCAAUAUUGAUGAUUGUUGGGAAUCACUAACACGGGACCUUAAGGGGCAGUUAGUUCCUGAUUCAAAAACAUUUUCAUCUGGGAUUAAGGCUCUUGCUGAUUAUGUACAUGGGAAGGGCCUCAAGCUUGGUAUCUAUUCUUCUGCAGGUGUUUUUACCUGUCAAGUGCGACCUGGUUCACUAUUCCAUGAGAAUGAUGAUGCAGCAACUUGGGCUUCCUGGGAUGUGGACUACUUGAAGUAUGACAACUGCUUCAAUCUCGGCAUCAAACCGAUUGAUAGAUAUCCACCAAUGCGGGAUGCUCUGAAUUCAACUGGACGGGCAAUUUUUUAUUCCCUUUGUGAAUGGGGUGUAGAUGAUCCUGCUUUAUGGGCAGGCAAUGUUGGAAAUAGUUGGAGAACAACAGAUGACAUAAAUGACACAUGGGAAAGUAUGACAUCAAUUGCUGAUCUCAAUGACAAAUGGGCAGCCUAUGCAGGACCUGGUGGAUGGAAUGAUCCGGAUAUGUUGGAAGUUGGUAAUGGAGGAAUGAAUUACCUGGAAUACCGAUCACAUUUUAGCAUAUGGGCUUUGAUGAAGGCUCCACUUCUUAUAGGUUGUGAUGUCAGAAACAUGACUACAGAAACAGUUGAAAUCCUAAGCAACAAGGAGGUCAUUGCUGUAAACCAAGAUCCACUUGGAAUUCAAGGAAGAAAAGUUACAGUUUCAGGAACAGAUGGCUGUCUCCAGGUUUGGGCUGGUCCUUUGACUGGGAACCGUUUUGUUGUUGUUCUCUGGAACAGAUGUCCAGAAGCUGGAACGAUUGAAGUUUCAUGGGAUACACUCGGACUCGAGUCCUCCACCAGUGUUUCUAUAAGAGAUUUGUGGAAGCACGAAGAUGUAGUAGCAGAUGCAGUGGCAUCAUUUGGGGUGCUAGUUGAUAGUCACAGUUGCGAGAUGUUUGUCUUAACUCCCAAGCUGUCUCGUUUUCAAGCCUGAACGACCCGGUAACCUACAAAACAGUUUUCGAGAACUCCCUUCUCUUUUCUUUUCUUUUUCUUUUUAGCAUAAUAACAAUAAUAAUAAUAAUAAUAAUAAUAAUAGGAUUGUUUAUAAAUUAUGUAACUUGGGGGAUGGCUAUGUUUUGCUGCUUGUUUAUGUUUUUGGAAUUUCCCAAAUGCCUGUGCAGUUCUUGACUUCUUGUUUUGUGAUUUUCUUGAUCAAGUGUUUAUAUGCAAGCAC